CCCCCAUGAUCCUUGUAUGAACAGUGAUUAUAUUAGGCUAUUAGGGCUUGGUUCCUGAUGUAAGCAGCACUAUUCAAACUACAAGUAACCAUUUACCCAAUGUGCAACAGGCGAUUCAAAAGUAACUAUAAUUCACUGCCAUUUCAGCUUCAAUCCUAUAGAUCAACACGUAGAUUUUGAAGUUAGGGUAACAUUGAUAUAAAGAUUCAAUGAUUUAUAAUGUCAAAAUAGAUACAUUUAGAACUGCAAAAUACCUCCCUUACGGAAGUGUAUCUUUCUCAUAAUGAAUGCUAUGUUUUUCUACAUUGGACGUCAGAGACUCCUUCACUUCUGCUUACUUUAUAAGCUAGAGUUUCCUUACUGCUCUACCACAGCAUCGAACAAUGCAGCAAUUCAACUCAUCAAACAACUCUCUCAUCUCUCCUGUCUCAACUGAAAACCUGAUUGCCAGUAGUGUACUGGCAGUUUGCUUCAUCCUGGGAGUUCCUGGGAACGUAGCAGUAAUGGUACGUCUUGCUGGAUGGUUGAAGGAAGGCAGCUUCACUCCGAGACUGAUGCUAAGCCUGGCCAUAUCAGAUCUGCUCACUCUGCUUUCUCUGCCGGUUUGGAUUUGGUCUCUUCUGCAUGGCUGGGUCUUUGGCUUGUUCCUGUGUAAGCUUCUCUCCUAUUUGGUGUACUUAAGCCUUUAUUGUAGCAUACUGUGUGUGAUGUUGAUGAGUGUACAGCGAUACAUGCAAGUGCUACAUCCUCAGAAAUGGAACAAGCUUGGCAGAAAAGGAAAGAAGAUCCUUUUGAGUGGGAUGUGGAUGCUAAGUGGAGUAUUAUCAUCCUAUGCUCUUGUACAGCGCACGCUAAGCUUGGACAUGGAAGGACACCUUCAAUGCAAGAAAUGCUAUCGGAAUGAUGUUGAAAGAGUGGCUACUUUAAUCUGGGAGAUUAUAAUAUUUGUGUUUUCAUUCCCCAUACUGGCUUACUUCUACUUUCAGCUUUACUGGGGAGUUAAUAACUCAGCUUUCUUUAGCAGUAACUUAAUGACAAAGCUGGUGACCAGAAUUGUGGCAUGUUUCUUUAUUUUUUGGAUUCCAUUUCACAUCAACAACACUGUGCUCAUCAUUGCUGUGUUGCUUGGGAAUGGCAGUCUGUUAAGAUCUGCAGAAGCUGCAGAUAAUAUCACUGCAGCUCUGCCUUUCAUUAAUAGUUGUGUGAACCCCUUUCUGUAUGCCUUCUCUGCUCGGUCUCUACGUCAGCACACAAAUGAAACAGAAAAUACUUAGUUCCUUCAUGAUGUAGACAUUUGAGAGAGUGUAUGGAUUUUCUCUGAGAG